UAAAUACCACCGCUCUUCGCCGCGAGGAGGCCGCGGCGGCCUUCCCUCGUUGCUUUUUCCCAGCCAAGCAUUCGGUCACGUUUCGCCUCCUCACUUCCUCCAUCGAUCCGAGAGAGGAGUGCUUCAAGCGAGUACGAUUGAAGCCGAGGCAUAUCGCUGUCUCGAUGGCGAACAGAAAUCUUCCCGGACGGAUCAUCAAGGAAACCCAGCGGCUCCUUAGCGAACCAGAACCUGGCAUAAGUGCAUUGCCGUCCGAGGACAACAUGCGCAGCUUCAGUGUGAAGAUCCUCGGGCCAAAUCAGUCUCCAUAUGAAGGAGGGGUUUUCAAGCUUGAGUUAUUUUUGCCUGAAGAAUAUCCAAUGAUUGCCCCAAAGGUCCGUUUCCUCACCAAAAUUUAUCAUCCUAACAUUGACAAGCUUGGAAGAAUAUGCCUUGACAUUCUGAAGGACAAGUGGACUCCGGCCCUCCAAAUUCGAACAGUACUACUCAGUAUUCAAGCACUUCUUAGUGCUCCAAACCCAGAUGAUCCUCUUUCAGAAAAUAUUGCUAAGCAUUGGAAGGCAAAUGAAGCAGAAGCUCUAGAAACAGCAAAAGAAUGGACGCAUGUUUAUGCUAGCGGUGCAUAAAAAUCAUUGCAGACAGCCGUAAUAACAUGUUCACAGGGAGGUUAUUCAUCCAUUACUAACUAUUAACAGUAAAAACACUGCUGACAUACUGCAGGAUGUGUAUACAUAUAUAUGUUUGUAUUAACAGUAAAAACCAGAAAGGUUUAUUAUGGCAAUAACAUGUAACU